AUGAACCUCAACUGUGUCAAACUUUCACAGAUUUCUUACAGCGCAUUCAUUGUUGGCACAGUCAAUAACUGUGGUCUUCAGCUGCUUAUCCAGACCUCAUCGAUAACAGAUAAGAGCAAACCAUUUGAAUUCCGGAUAAAUAAAGAACAGUCUUCUUUCCACAAUAGGCUUCUGCAGCAUGAUCUGGAAAAAAACUAUUCAGGAAGGCAAGGAGACCAAAGAGUAUUAAGUCCUUUGGUGCGUAAUAAGCAGAUAUAUCUUCCAGUACCAUCCAGUCUGACAGAACUUUCUGGUUUGGAGUUGAAGCAGAAUACAGGUUCUUUAUCAGGAUUUGGUGAGUCUUCUAUUCACACACCUACAAAAUUCAGAUCUCGACAAAGUAGCCACAGUGUUAGUUCACAUGCUUCAGAUAGCACAAACUUUGGGAGCAGCUCAUCAAUAACAUUUCCUGUAUUGCAACGUACUGCUGAGGAAAAAAUCCUGAACUCUGAUAGACUUACCCUGGAAAGGCAAAAACUGACAGUGUGCCCAGUUAUCGAUGGGGAAGAUCAUCUUCGCCUUUUGAAUUUCCAACAUAACUUUAUAACCCGGAUCCAAAAUAUUUCUAAUCUGCAACAUCUUGUUUUCUUAGAUUUAUAUGAUAAUCAGAUAGAAGAAAUAAGUGGGCUUUCAACUCUUAGAUCCCUAAGAGUGCUUUUGUUGGGAAAGAACAGAAUAAAGAAGAUCUCAAAUCUGGAGAACCUAAAAAAUCUUGAUGUUUUAGAUCUUCAUGGAAAUCAGAUUACUAAAAUAGAAAACAUCAGUCAUUUGAGUGAACUGAGGGUGUUAAACCUUGCCAGAAACCUACUAACCAUUGUAGAAAAUCUUAAUGGACUGGAUUCUCUCACAGAGCUCAACCUUCGUCAUAAUCAAGUCUCUGCUAUAAAAGAUGUGGAUACUUUGCCCCGUCUCCAACGUCUCUUCCUCAGCUUCAACAAUAUAUCUAGUUUUGAGGAUAUUCUGUGCCUUGCUGAUUCCUCAACUUUGUCAGAUAUCACCCUUGAUGGCAAUCCAAUAGCUCAGGAGACAUGGUACAAACACACUGUUCUCCAUCAUAUGAUGCAGCUCCGACAGCUAGAUAUGAAGAGAAUCACAGAAGAAGAAAGACGUAUGGCAUCUGUUGCAGCAAGGAAAGAGGAAGAAAGGAAGCGUGAAAGCCAUAAACAGACCUUGCUUAAGGAAAAGAAACGGUUAACAAUUUGUAAUAUUGCUCGUCAGUGGGAGAUACAGCAGAAUCGAAUAGCUCUUGUGGAUUCUUUAAACCAAGAUAAAGAUAAUGAGCCCUGUCAGAUCAAUGGCAGCGCUGCAUAUGUAUUUCCUGAAGAAAGCAGGUCUCUUGAUACAAUAUUGAGCAGUGCAGUACAAGGCUUGUCUGUUCUUGAGUCUCAUUUAGUGGAAGUGGAAGGAGACACCCUUUGCUUGUAUGGUGCUGGAGCACUGGAGUGCCUGGAUCGAAACUGGAGUGUUCAAACAGCUGGAAUUAUUGCCACGGUCUCCUUUAUGUUUAUAGACUUUGAUGAAAUUGUUCAAGUGUUAACAAAACUGAAGAUAAAAUUUCCUAAUUCUGUGCACCUGAAGUUUAAGGAGACAAAUCUUGUGACGCUGCAGCAAUUCAAUGCAUUAGCCCAGAUGCAUCGCAUUGAACAGUUGACAGUUGAUCCUCAGGGAAAUCCGGUUGUCAACUUUACUUUGUGGAAAUACUAUGUUCUGUUUAGACUGAACCAUUUUAAUCUACAGAGGGUAAAUGGAGUAAAGGUUACUGACAAUGAUAUUGUAAUGGCAGAAAGGCUCUUUGGCAUUCUGGCAUAUGUAGCAUCUUCUGAGCUGCCACAUUAUCGCAUGCUUUCAUUAUUUGGAGAAUCUAGGAGGAAGCAAUUCCAUUAUCUGCUGGAGGGAAAGGGAAAGAAAUCUGGGAUUGGGAGUGAGGAAAGUAGUGACAACAGAAGAAAUGGAGUGGAAAGCAGAACUCGAGCAACGUUGAAUUACACAACAAAGGACUUUCAUAUGGAAAAGCUUGAGGAAAUCAAGGAAAGAAAAACAUUUUGCCAGACAUACGUCGAGAACUUGGUGAAAGAAGCAGCUGACAUCAAUAUGAAAAAUGAGUCGUUGCAGAAGCUGUGGCCUCAAAUGUUCAUUGAGCUUGUCAGAGAUGCAGUGAUAGAAAUACGCAAUAAAAAUUCCUACAUGAAACUCUGCUUACAGCGGAUCACUGAUCAAAAACAGUAGACUCAAGGCUUGUUGCCUUGUAAGCUUUUGGGUUCAGUAUUCUCUGAUGUUUUACAAACUUAAAACAAUAGAAUACAAAAUUACCAUCUCUAUGGCAUACUUCACCCCCCGCCCCCUAAAGAAUGCCUUUAAAUCUUGAUUAACUCUUGAUAGUUUUGAAAUAAACUUGCAAACUGUUUUAACAAUGCUUCCUUAGCUAAAGUGAUGAGAUAGCAUAAAAGUAACUUAGUGAUUGUCAUGUUUUACUGAGUUCUGUUGACUUUUUUCUGCUACCCUUGCUUCUAUAGUGAUACAGCA